CGCCUCCGUCCUAUGCUGUUACUGUUCUGUAUAUUAUUGCAGUCUCCACUGCGUGGUGUUUUUGUCGGUAGAUUUUUGUCUUGUGUAUUUUUGGCUGUUGCCGUAUCCGUAGACCGUCCCUUGGUGCUAGCGUCGUAAUAGAAGCCCGUGUUUGAAGGACAAUGAUAACAUGAGAUACAAUAUGCAAAGUUCAAUGCCGACGUCGGGAGACGCAGUUGGUUCGGCCGGCGCGGCAGUUAGCGGAAGGCACGGCCGCUCUUCACGAGUCACUGUGUGCCGCUGCGGCGCCACCGCUGUUGCCAGCUGCCGCCGGCUGCAACCGCUGCAGCAGGCCGCCCAUGACCGCAGCGGGCCGUGUAUAAAGGCGGCGGGAGGCGAGCAGCGGCCCGCAGACACCGCCGACCCCGUCCCGGCCACACACCUCCCCGAAACAGCCGUUAUGAAGUCCGUCCAGCUCGCCGUUCUGGCGGCCUGCCUUUGCGCCGUCUCUGCCGGCUGGCUACCAGAGAAAAUGGUCAAAAAGUUCGCCAUGAAAAAGAUUUACGCGGACUGUUUCGGAAAGGAGGUGAUGUCCUCCCUGCGUGAGGAGAUGUACGCAGCGCACGUCAAGUGCAGCGGACACCACCCGGAGGCGCUGCCCGCCGCCGACGCCAUCGUCACCGGCGACGACGAGCUGUCGCUGGUUCGCCGCCGUAGGCAAGCGCGCCACUUCAGCCCCGACAAGCUGGAGAAGAUGCGCACCAAAAUCACCGCCUUCUUCGGCAACGCCACCUGCGUGCUCAGGGAGCUGAAGAUGCUUGACAAGGAGAACAACGUGGACAUCGACUCCAUGCGGGAGCGGCUCUCCAACAUGGACAUUGACGAGACCAUGAAGACCGAGCUGGGCCAGUUCAUGACCGACUGUCACCAGUUCGCCUCCUGCAUCCCUGACCACGUGCUGGAUAAGCCGGGAGUGCUGAUGGGCUUCGGCCGCCAGAUGACCUUCUUCAAGUGUUUCAAGGAGUCCAAGCUGGAGGCGUGCAUGAAGAAGUCGUUCCGCGAGGACUACCUGCCCAUGCUGGUGGAGGAGAACCUGCCGGUCGACGAGGACGAGAGCUUCUACACCAUCAUCACGACGGCCAUCAUCGGCGAGAAGGAGUCGUUCGAGUAGGUCCCGGUCUGGGGAGGCGCGUCACAGACGCAGCAGCAGCCGCGGGGCGGUCGGCAAUACUCAUAUUCACCGGUGUUCUGUCUCACACACGCGCAGCCGCCGCGUGCUGCCGAGCUGUGACGGUGACCAGAGGGGAUCCUCUGAGACCGGUUACCGGCGGCAGCACACGCGCACUAUCCCGGUGGCAUCUCUCUGUUCGCCAGUAUUCAAUAAACGGUCAGUUGUGUAACGUGUACAAUGUCAAUAAAAUGUAAUAAAUAUAUUCCGUCCUAGCGAAAUAAACGAAAUAACUAUU